CUCUUGUAUUACUUUUACGCGAGCGCCGGGAGGCAGUUGCGGAGAGUGUGAAGCUGAGCGGCGUUGGAGCUGUAAACAUGCAGUCUUUUUUGGGUGCCGUGGCCUGUGUCCUGGUCCUCUCCGUCCAGGGGCUCUACUCACCCAGCGACGAUGUGGUCGAUCUCAGCCCGUCGAACUUCGACCGGGAGGUCAUGCAGAGCGACAGCCUUUGGCUGGUUGAGUUCUACGCCCCAUGGUGCGGUCACUGUCAGAGGUUGGUCCCAGACUGGAAGAAAGCUGCUACUGCCCUGAAGGGCAUCGUGAAGGUGGGUGCCGUGGAUGCCGACCAGCACAAGUCCCUGGGUGGUCAGUACGGCGUCCGUGGAUUCCCCACCAUCAAGAUAUUUGGCUCCAACAAAAACAAGCCGGAGGACUACCAAGGCGGGCGCAGCAGCCAGGCCAUUGUGGAUGCAGCCAUAAAUGCUCUGCGCUCCUUGGUCAAGGACCGCAUGGCUGGGAAGAGUGGAGGUUCAGACCAGAGCAGACAGAGUGGCAGCGGUGGCGGUGCGAGCAAGAAGGAUGUGGUGGAGCUGACGGACGACAACUUUGACCAGACGGUGCUGAACAGCGACGAUGUGUGGAUGGUGGAGUUCUUCGCUCCCUGGUGUGGUCACUGCAAGAACUUGGAGCCGGAGUGGGCGGCCGCAGCCACGGAGCUCAAGGAGCAGACCAAGGGUAAAGUCCGCCUGGGAGCCGUGGAUGCCACCGUGCACCAAGUCCUGGCCAGUCGUUACGGGAUCCGCGGGUUCCCCACCAUCAAGGUCUUCCGCAAGGGUGAGGAUCCGGAGGACUACGAGGGCGGUCGGUCCAGAUCCGACAUCGUGGCACGGGCCCUGGACCUCUUCUCUGAGAACGCCCCCCCGCCGGAGCUGCUGGAGAUGCUCAAUGAGGAUGUCCUGAAGAAGACGUGUGAGGACCACCAGCUGUGCAUCAUUGCUGUGCUGCCCCACAUUCUGGACACAGGUGCCUCGGGCAGGAACGGCUAUCUGGAGGUGAUGAUGAAGAUGGCAGAAAAGUACAAGAAGAAGAUGUGGGGCUGGCUGUGGACUGAGGCUGGUGCCCAGAUGGAGCUGGAGACCUCGCUGGGCAUUGGGGGCUUCGGAUACCCCGCCAUGGCAGCCAUAAACGCACGCAAAAUGAAGUUUGCCCUCCUCAAGGGUUCCUUCAGUGAGACAGGCAUCCACGAGUUCCUCAGGGACUUGUCGGUGGGACGUGGUUCCACUGCCCCGGUGGGAGGAGGCGCUCUGCCCAAAAUCAACGCUGUGGAGCCGUGGGAUGGCAAGGACGGCGAGCUGCCCGUGGAGGACGACAUCGACCUGAGCGACGUGGAGCUUGACGAUUUGGGCAAAGAUGAGUUGUGAAUGCAGCAGUGCCGGAUCUGCUCCGGCUCGUCCUUCCUCUCCCGUGGAUGAGAAGAAACCAGGAUGCUGUUUUUCUUGUACUUUUUUUUUUUAAAUGUUUGACAAACUAAGUAGAUUUUGUCCCUCCUGCCUUUAAUCUGCCAUGUGGGAGAGGCCCUAUGUGAAAGGGGCGGAGCUCUGUCUGAGCCCCUCCCUGUCUCCCUGGUCCAUCGGAGUGGUUUAAACGCGAUCAGAAGUGCCAUCAAGGGCAGUGAACCCUUUCGAAUGCCUGGAGGCACAGCAGAGUGCACCCCCUGAGGCCAUGCCCACCAAUGUGAGUCAGGUGACACUUUCAGGAAUGAUCAGCUGUAUCCAGUUGCUUCUGUUACUCGGCAUCCUGCUGUAUUAGUGUUGUCAAUGUGCAAAUUUGGAAUGUAUUUCAGUGUGCUGUGGUUCAGAGAAGAGGAAAUGAUUGAAUUAAUUUGUAUUUUUUUUUUUUUUUUUUUUUUUGUUACCUGGCUAUUUU